AGGUUUGACUAUUGUCUUCUUAUCUGUAUCUCAAGCUACUCAGAUUUCGCUAAAAUAUAACGCAAAACUGGAAUUUGACAAUAAAAAGUCAACUGACGAACUUUUAGGAGAAUACGACGCACAGUCGUUGUGUUUGUGUUCUACAAUGUGUAAAAAUGACUGUGGCUUCUAUGGAUACAAUAUCAUUCUGAAAAAGUGCCGUCUCCACAAAGAAAUCUACACGUCAGAAAUUUCUGAGGAGACCGGUUGGAAGUACUAUUCUCAUAUUCUUCCUACAGAUUGUAGGGACUUGCGUGAAGAUGGUUACACCAAUACAGGGGUGUACGAGAUUUAUCCCUAUGGCAACAGUUCCCUUUCUGUCAGAGUGUUCUGUGAUAUGGAUACAAUGGACGGAGGAUGGACGGCAAUCCAAAAGCGUGUGGAUGGAACCGUGAGCUUUGAAAAGAACUGGGGAGAAUACAAGAAUGGUUUUGGUGCACCGGAAACGAAUAUCUGGAUCGGAAAUGAAGUAAUCCAUCAGUUAACAAAGGGAAAGAGCUCGUACCUGUAUGUCUCUAUAACACUGUCGAAUGGAAGCCGACUGUAUGAGCUAUACGAUCGAUUCUCGGUUUCCAAUGAAACAGAGAAUUACAAACUCUUUCUAGCGGGAAAUGCUACAGGAAGCCUAGGUGACAGUAUUUUAAACACUGGUUAUUCUCGUUAUGAUCUGUCUGGAAUGUUCUUCACAACCUCAGACAGGGACAACGAUAGAUAUAGUACAGGUAACUGCGCUGUUGAGUAUAAAGGAGGCUGGUGGCUUAACCACUGUUACUAUGGCUUCCUGAACGGUCCCUGGUCCUCAACAAACUGGGUGUUUCUUUGGUAUCCUACAGUUACGUAUGGAACGUCCGUGAAGGAGACAAUGAUGCUGAUAAAACGUCACUAGAUGUGGACUAAAAAGAGAAGCAACAUAUUGCGGUUCCAUUGACACUGAUACUACUGUUCUAAUAAAGGAGACAAUGACACAUCUGUGUUAAUCAUUGUGGCCUUUUUAAUCUGAUUUAGAGAGGGACGUAGUAUCCAUUUUCGAAAGAGGGGAUACAAGAAAAUAACCUGAAGGAAAAACAGUUGUCCCUCUUCAGAUUACGGGCUUGUUUAUAAACAGAAUAGAAAGACAAUUUAAUUGUGAGGAUUACGUUUUUCGUGGUUAUAGCUUUUUUAA